AUGAAUGUUCCAAAGAUAACACCUGUUUCAAACCAUAACCCCUUCGAUGAACUGAUAUCUGAUUGUCAAGACGAUCCGGUCAAGAUCCAACAUCGAUACGAAGCACACCGAUCCACAAGAAACGCGCAGUCCAAAGCCACGCUUCUCAGCUCAAAUUUUAUUGGAUGGCAGGUUGAUGAAAUCUUGAGCAAGCUACAUGCACAGUCCUUUGGGCCAAGCAGCGAAGAUGAGCUGCCAUUCGUUGAUCCCAGGAACAAUCUCAACUUCUACGCGCGACCACCUCAGCAUAUCCAAAACCUGAUCGCUGAAAUCCAAGGCGAGAUUCAAAGUGUUGUGCCCGGUAUAUGGCUUACACCUCCGGACUUCUUACACACGACUGUCUUGGAGAUAGCCAGCUCACGAACACCGGUGGAGAUCGAAGCCCUCGCCUCUCAUAUGCAGCAAAGUGGUGCUCUGGCGCGUCUGACUGACUAUACCUUCCAUCACCAGGCGCGGUUAGUCAAACCCAUCGUCAGUUAUGAUGCCGCAGCGAUGGCUCUGAGCUUCGUUCCGGCUGCUGGAGAGAAAACAGCAUGGAAACGCAGCGCGGAGGAUGAUGACUACACAUAUCAUCAUCUGCGGCGGGAUCUUUACGCGGUGGUCGCAGCUACGGGUGUACAAUUGAAACCUAGGUAUCUGGUUCCUUCGGCACAUAUCACGAUUGCAAGAUUCAUCACACAGGAUAUAUCGCAUCUGGGAUCGAGCAUGACGAAGGAACAAGGUGUAAAUCAUGCGCAAGUCGCAGUAUUACUCAAUAAGAUCGAGCAGAUCAACAGGAAGGUGCAAACAAUGUAUUGGCCUCGAGAGGAUCAGAGUAUCCUGUCCAAUGCGGAAUGGGUGGUAGGGGAAGAAACAGGGUUAGAGUUCUGUAAAGGUCCGUGCUGGUAUGGGGAGGGAGAAAAAGUGCUUGUUGGGAAAGCAAUUGAGCGAGGAGAUUGA